CUUUAUCACAGAACUGAACUGGGCUGUUCUGUCUCUAUAAAUUCUGUGCCCUAGACAUAUUCAGUUCUUCCACCCCACUCUGGUGAGAUUGAUCAAGAUGAAGCAUUUUUUUCUUCUUGCCUUUUCUCUCCUGCUGUUCUGCACAACUGCUCAAGGUCUUGUUUGCAGUGUUUGUAAAUUCCAGCUGGGCCAUCUGUGUUUGAGAACUGGAGACCCCUGCAGAGCAGAGCAAGGCCAGUUCUGUGAGAUGACCAAAGUUUAUUCGGCUGGCCUUCUGCUCUACAAAAGAUACGGGUGUGGUGAACACCAUGAACUCUGCAACAGGGAAGAGCACAGGGACACUGCCUUCGGAAGAACCUACGAGCGUACUUGCUGCAACACUGACUUAUGCAACAAGUAA